AGUCCUUGGCAGAUUUCAUGUACUUCUAUGUAUAUUGUUCUUCCCCUCACGGGUCUCUAUUUCUGAUUUUCAAGAUGUCUGCGCCCAUGAAACCAGGCAUGAAAUUAUUUAUGAAGGAUGAAAAGAGAUUUAGACAAUACUAGAUAACCAAUCCAAAUUAAUUUCAUAAAAUGUUAACUUUUAGUAGACUAACAUACAUCAGAAAUAUAAUAGGACAAGCGAAGAAAAACAAAAUACUUGAUGCCAAUUUUAGAGUUAUUUCCCUUAGAAAGAUUGGAACACAUCCAAGAUUAGUCUUAGGGAUUGAAACAAGUUGUGAUGACACAGGUGCAGCUGUGGUUGAUGAUAAAGGGAACAUACUUGGUGAUGCGCUUAACUCCCAAACCAAAAUUCAUGUGAAUCAUGGUGGAAUUAUACCUUCAGUAGCACAGGAUUUACACAGGGAAAAUAUUGACACCAUUGUCCAAGAGGCUUUGAAGUCUGCUGACGUUGCAUUGCAGGAUCUUGAGGCAAUUGCAGUAACUACUAAACCAGGACUUGCUUUGUCAUUAGGAGUAGGCUUGGAAUAUGCCAAAGAGUUAGUAAAGGAAUCAAGUAAACCAAUGAUACCAAUACAUCACAUGGAGGCUCAUGCUUUGACAGUCAGAUUACUAAACAAGGUGGAUUUUCCAUAUCUUGUUUUCCUAAUGAGCGGAGGGCAUUGUCUGCUGGCUGUAGCUAAUGAUAUUGAUGAUUUUGAUAUGUUAGGUACCAGUGUAGAUGAGGCUCCAGGAGACUGCAUUGAUAAGACAGCUAGAAGCCUAGGUCUGAAGAAUUUACCCCAGUGUGAAGGUCUAUCUGGUGGUGGUGCUAUAGAACUGACAGCUAAGAAUGGGGAUCCAUUAUCAUUUCCUGUACCACAUGUAAUGACCCAUUAUAGAGAUUGUGACUUCUCAUUUACUGGUCUAAAGACUUACUUCAAAAGAUUGAUUCAGGAUGAAGUAACAAAACAAGACCUAGCUGAUGGUCAGCUACUAUCCAAUGUGUCAGAUGUGUGUGCAGCCUUACAGUAUGCUAUGACAUAUACCUUAUGUAGGAAGUUACAGAGGGCCUUUAUAUACUCAGAGUUAAAAGGAUUGUUGCCUGAACAGAACAGAGUAUUGGUAGCCUCAGGUGGUGUGGCCAGUAACCAGUAUAUUAGGAGAGGCCUAACACAAGUCUGUGAUAUGUUUUCCUGCCAGUUAAUUUGUCCCCCUCCUCAUCUGUGUACAGAUAAUGGUAUAAUGAUAGCUUGGAAUGGUAUGGAGAAACUAAUGGCAGGAAAAGGAAUAGCAGAGGAUCCAAUGUCUGUACGGUUUGAACCAAAGUUUCCUUUUGGUAUAGACAGAAGAGAUGAUGUCAGAUUGAUGAAUAUAAAGUUAAAGAAAUUGAAAUUAAAAAGCUGAUAUAUAAUUAAUGUUGUACAUGUACCGGUACAUGAUUUAAUCAAAGAGACUCACAGUAUGUUUUUAUGUGGACAAUUAAAGAAGAAAUAUAUA